AUGUGCUUGUCUUGUAUUCCUGAAGAAUCGAGAGAAAAUGUGUCACACCACCGCGCGAUGGUGCGCAUUCAUGACUCAGCUGAGGAUGAAGGAGCUGAGGAGGAACUCACCAAGGAGUUUGCACCCCAAGAGAUGCCUAUGCAAACGGAACCACCGUCCACGACGUCCACUACAACAACAACGACUACUACACCGACCACUACCAAAGAAUCACUAAAGGAUGUGGUGGUGAACAAGGUAAUUGAUGUGAAGGAUGUUGUCAAGGCAAAAGUGAUGAAAGAAACAGGAAUGCCAGAAUGGGCGUUCGUUUUUCUCGGAAUCAUCGCCAUCAUUGUGGUGCUGCUAAUAGCGUAUCUCAUCAUCCGGAAAUUGUUCGGAAAGAAACGGCAUGGCGAGAAGAACAAAAGCAAAGGUUUUAAGGGCCUCUUCAGUAAAGGAGGAGAUCUUAUGGCUGGCAAGGAUGUGAUGGGAGGGAUACAACAAGACAUGGAAGAGUUGGAGGAGAACAUGGAGCAGAACGAAAAAGCUCAGGCAGAAGAGAAGGAAGAAGUGAAACUGGGCAGGAUACAAUACAAACUUGAUUAUGAUUUCCAGCAAGGACAGCUCUCUGUUACUGUCAUUCAAGCGGAAGAUUUGCCUGGAAUGGACAUGAGUGGAACGUCCGAUCCAUAUGUUAAAUUGUAUCUGUUGCCUGAGAAAAAGAAGAAGGUUGAAACCAAAGUCCACAGGAAAACGUUGAAUCCCGUGUUCAACGAAACAUUCAUAUUCAAGGUUGCCUUCAACGAGAUCACAGCCAAGACGUUGGUGUUCGCUAUUUACGACUUCGAUCGAUUCAGCAAACACGAUCAAAUUGGACAGGUUCUCAUCCCUCUGGGAAAAAUCGAUCUCGGUCAAGUGAUCGAGGAAUGGAAGGACAUUGCCCCACCACCUGAUGAUAAGGAAGCCGAGAAGAGCCUUGGAGACAUUUGCUUCUCUCUUCGAUAUGUCCCCACCGCUGGCAAGUUGACGGUGGUGAUUCUAGAAGCAAAGAACCUGAAGAAAAUGGAUGUUGGUGGUCUCUCAGAUCCCUAUGUGAAGCUGGAACUCACAGAAGGAAAGAAGCGCUCACGUCGGAAGAAAACCAUGAUUAAAAGAAAAACGUUGAAUCCAUACUACAAUGAAAAUCCCUACGUGAAAAUAGUGCUGAUGCAAGGAGGGAAACGGUUGAAAAAGAAGAAAACUUCUAUUAAAAAGUGUACACUAAAUCCCUACUAUAACGAAUCGUUCUCAUUUGAAGUACCGUUCGAGCAAAUACAGAAAGUUUCACUUAUGAUUACUGUAAUGGACUACGAUAAGUUGGGUUCGAACGAUGCCAUCGGCAGAUGCCUACUCGGAUGCAAUGCUACUGGAGCUGAGUUGAGACAUUGGAUGGACAUGUUGGCGUCGCCGCGACGACCGAUCGCUCAGUGGCACACGUUGGGUCCGGUGGAGGAGGAGGGAGGCGAAAAGAAGUAG